AUGAUCGACGACGCGUGCACGGACUGGACCAGGAAGCCCGCAACGACGGAGAUCCCCACGGUCGCGGCGGACGCGCUCGACGAGCGCACAAAGCGGGAGCUUGCCACCCCUUCGGUCGCGCGCCCGCCAAAGCGCAAAGCGGUCCACUUCGCCUUGGACUUUGGCUGUGACGACCCGACGGACGACGGCGGCGGUGCGCCUUCGGAGCGGCAAGGAAAGGGGGCGGGAACGGGAACGGGCAUCGAGGCGAAGGUGCGCCGCACCUCCGCGUCCCUCUCCCUCUCCCGCUCCCGCUCGCCCGCCCCGCCACCGCCGCCUUUCCCAACGGGGUCCACCCCACCACCGCCGGACACCGCGCUCUUUGGGCCUCUCGCGCCCGACCCGGGACGCCCGAUCGCACAGCGCGAGCCGUCCGCAAACGACCCCCCGGCCGACCACCCGGCGCACGCGAACGCGCGCAGCUCGAAGCCGAAGCCGCACUGCCGGCACCGGGCCUCUCUGAAGAGGCGGCGCACGGACGAAGAACGCGCCCCGAGGCGCGCGUGCAGGAAAGAGGAGCACGAGCACGAGGUCGGUAUGGGGCUCAGGCCGGCGGUGUGGGAUCUCGAGGAGUUCUCGGACGAAUCUUCUGAAGGCAGCAUGUGGAGCGAGGACGCGGCCGCCCCUCUGGAGGUGGGCACCGACUUGAAGGGGAAGCGGCGCGCGGCGGCGAGGCCGGACGGCUUGCGCAGGGUGAUCCAAGCGGACGCGGAGUCGCCCGUGAACUCCGGGCUGACGCUCGGCACGGACGACGACGACGACCCGACGCACACGCUCCGUUCGCUCCGGCUCGAGAGCACGGUGGAGCUGGAGGUGCGGCGCGUCUACGGCUACGAAGACCGUGCGCGGACCGCGCCCAACGUCGGCGCGGAGGCCGUCGGCGUCGAGGCGGAGGACGGCUGCCCGUGCGGCAUCUGCAAGCGCAAGGCGGCGGCGAAGGCCGCCGCCGCCGCCGCGUCGCAGGAGGACGCGUCCGUCGCGCUCGUGAGCCGGCCGCUGCUGUUCUCCCCCACCGUGCGCGGUCCGGUGGACGUGCUCGCUGGCGCGACCGUUGCCCCCGCCUGGGUCGCGCAGACGCUUGGGAGGCUCGACGAGGAUAUGGAGAUGCUGGACAUCGCGGACGACCGCCGCGGUGGCGGCGGCGCGGUAGGGAAGGGAAAGGGAAAGGGAAAGGCGCGGGGAGGCUCGUGGAUCGGCUUCGACUUCGACCUGGACGUCGCGAUGGACGCGGAGGACGACGCGGUGCCCCGCGCGCUCAGGUUGCGCCGGGCGGGGUCCUGGGCUGCGCUGGGGAAUGUGCGCGAUGUGGGAGCGGCUGACACGGCGGUGACGGUGCCGUUCCAGCCGACCUCCUUGGUGAUGAUGCGUGCACGAUGA